UUUUCCUCUCUCGCUCUCUAUUCUAUCUUGCAUCUCCCUCUCGUUCCUCUGUAAGGCACCCAGAUAUCUCAAGGAAAUGGAGCCUCCACUUUCUGCCCCCCAUGGGAUUGAGAUCAGCGAUAUUACAUGCGAUUCCUUCCGCGUGUCCUGGGAUAUCCUGCCAUAUGACAUACACCGGAUUACGCAUUACUUCAUAGACCUGAACAAGAAGGGAGGGCAGAAAGAAAACAAGUUCAAGCACAGGGACGUGCCAACCAAAUUGGUGGCGAAGGCUGUAGCUCUACCCAUGAUGGUCCGUGGUCAUUGGUUCCUGAGCCCACGCACAGAGUACACGCUGGCCGUGCAGACUGCAAUAAAACGCAGUGAUGGCGAAUAUACUGUGUCUGGCUGGAGCGAAACACUCAGCUUCUGCACUGGGGAUUAUGCAAUGGAGCAAGUGAGACAGCUGCAGGUAAAAGCAGAGGGCAUCGCUGGUCGCAUGUUACCUCUCCAAGUCUUCUACAGGAAUCAGACGCCGGAAUACUUCCAAUAUGUCAGGGAAAAAUGGGGCAGCGUAAUGCUACCUUCCCUAAAAGACCAGAGUGGCAGCCACGGCUCACCCAUCAGUGGGACCCUCCAUGGAGUGUUUUUUAGUUGCAACACCGAGUUCAACACGGGGCAUCCUCCGAAUGACUCACCCUAUGGCCGAUGGAGGCUGACCGUGCCCGCUGGGCAUCUCUUCCAUGAGGGUACAAACCUGUACUUUGCAGAUUUCUACUGCAUGUACAGUGCUUACCACUAUGUUGUCCUGGUCUUGUCACCACAAGGUUCUCAAGGAGAUGUCUUCUGCAAUAAGCGUCUGCCACUGCUGGACCCACAGGACAACCCUUUCUUAACCCGUGGGGAGAAGGGGGGGUACUGGCACGCACAGGAUCUUAUCCUGGAAGUGCUAUUCACAGACCCAGUGCCGCUUGGGCUGGGGCAGCUAGCAGAGAUCAGUGGCCAUCAACUGAUGAGCCUUUCCACAGCGAAUGCCAAAAAGGACCCCAGCUGUAAGGUGUGCAAUAUCAGUGGGGGGCGCUAGGUGGCAGUACUGAGGCUCAGCAUGAAAGCAGCUAAUUAGAUAACACUGGUAGGGCAAAUGUAAGGUUCGUUCCAUUUAGAAUGUCGGGGGCAGUUAUAUGGUAUCAAAAUGGGGGCAUGUGUUACAUAACAUGACAAUAUACAGUAUUUGUGACAUGUAAACAUGUAACAUGUAAAUAGAAAAAUUGUGAAUAGAGUGUAUAGUAAAAAGCUCAAGUUUAUAGUCAAUGAGGGCAGUAUCUGCUAGUGUCAGAUGAAUGAAUGUGAUACACAUAAGUAGAUAGAAGUCCAAGCCAAAAUCUGUACAUCUGUGAUGUCAGAUUAACGUCCUCUGACAUCCUAACUUCCUCUGACAUCAUACUAUUAGCUUAAAUGAUAUAGGGAAGGAAUACAGUAAAUGGCACUAUGUCUUAAAUGUGGGCAAUGGUGUUCAAAAUGGAGCAAAAUGUUUUUACACUGCUUAUUAACCCAUAUGUGCCCUCAGCAAGCCUCAGGCACCACUUCUGAUGGAGCCCCAGAGCAUAUUGUUUGUCCCGUGAUUCUCAAGUAAUAAUGUGAAUCUUUGUUCAAAUAUUAUAUAUCUUUUCUAUAGGAAAACUUGCAGUGGUAAACAGGGAUGAGCUCUGAAACCCUUUGCUUAAUGAUUAAUAAGAAGGUACAUUGCUGCAUAAACAUCUGUGAACCCUACUGGCCCCUGCAGGCCUUUUAUAGUUUCUCUACAGAUACCCUUUUAAUGUGCCACAGUUGUUGCACAACCAGGAAUGUCUGAAGAACACAAACUCUAUCUAUCUAUCUAUCUACCUGUCUAUCUAUCUACCUAUCUAUCUCUAUAUUGGUUUGUUGAUGCACUCCUCAGUUAUGUGACCAGUGAUAUGUUGCUCCCAGUGGCCUCACAGCAGAUGUUCAUUUGUGAAUUCUUGGCUUAGAGGCAAGUUUUAGCUGCAUAAAAACCAGGUGUACUGACAAACAGAACCUCCUGUAGGCUGCCAGCCCAUAUAGGGGCUAUCAGAUAUCCAACAGUCCUUAUUUGGCACCCCAGGAACAUGUUUCAUGCUUGUUUUGCUCCCCAACUCUUUUUACAUUUGAAUGUGGCUCACAGGUAAAAAAGGGGACCCCUGAUAUACAGUAUAUGUAUGAUCCACAAAGAUAGGUGAUGUUGAGGUCUUAAGGACAAGUUUGAGAACCUAAGCUAUAAAAAAAAACCUAAUAUUAUAUAUAUAUAUAUAUAUAUAUAUAUAUAUAUAUAUAUAUAACGAACCCAGGGUGGCACCCUGCUUCAGCUCUUGCCUCGGGUGCAAGGUAAAUGAUUUAAAUAUCCAAAAAAAGACCAGCAACACCGAGUUAUAUUCCAAAAAGAUCAAUCAUGUAUUAAAAACCCAUGAACAGCCAACGUAGAAAGGUUUGAGAAAGGUCCCAAUGGGGACCGAAACGUAAUGUUGGCUGUUCAUGCGUUUUUAAUACACGAUUGAUCUUUUUGGAAUAUAACUCGGUGUUGCUGCUCUUUUUUUGGAGAUAUAUAUAUAAAUUUCAAAUAACACACAGUUUGUUUGCAAAAUCAAGCAUUUUUUUAACUCUCUAGAACAGCGAUUCCCAGUUGUAAGGCUACCCCCCUAAUGGGGACCAAAGCAGUCAAGGGCACGGGUCAGCUUGAUGGGAAAUUUGAGUGAAAUGUGGUUAGAUAUUUAGUUGGAUACCCUUGGAACUAUAGGAGAAUGACUGUUAUGACCCUGUUUUCAUGUCUGCAACCUUAUUAUGAGCUAUGUGGGCCCAACUGUGUGCUAUAUGACAAAAAAGGGACCCUUAACCAAAAAAUACAAAGGCUUCUGUUCUAGGACAUACAUCACUUCUAAUGCUCCAUACAGCAUGAGAGAAAAGUGUCUUAUUUACUCCCGAGAAUGUUUAGUUAAUUAUAUUUUUAUUUUAUGAUAUGCCUUUCAUUCUGCCUAUCUGCUUCCUUUCAGUUCAGAAUAUGAGGCAUGGUAAUAGCAGUCCCUUUCCAAAUCACUACUUAUUAUUGCUUUUAUGUGAUUUGGAAGUUCUUAUGUUGGAUUUGGCAUUUGCAUGGGUGCCUUUAUAUUUAUUAGGCUUCACCACCAGCUGAAAAGUUGAAGGGAAAAAAAAUUAUUCCUGACUCCAAGAUGGCAAUCGGACCAGUUCCUGCAUCACCUUAUACUAACUAAUACCCUGUAUUCCCCCACUUGCUAAAAAGCCAUACAACCCCUUCUUGAAGCUAUCUAAUGUAUCUGCCAGGGAGACAAUUCUAACACUUCACAGCUCUCACUGUAAAACCCCUUUCCCAAUGUUUAGAUAAAACCUCCUUUAUUCUAAACAAAAUGGAUGCCCUUGUGUCUGCUGGAAGGACCUACUGGUAAAUGAAGCAUUACAGAGAUUAUUAUCAAUUUAUAUAUUUGCACAUAGUUCUAAUACCCCCCUUAAGUGCCUCUUCUCCAGUGUAAACAGACCCAACUUGGCCACUCUUUCUUCAUAACUUAGACUUCCCAUGCCCAUUACAUUUCCGUGACUUUUCCAUGAGACUCCAUGUCCUUCCAUGGGACUUUUCCAUGCGCUUUCUUUGGACUCUCUCUAGUUCCACUAAUAUACCGUUUGAUCACUGGAGAUCAAAACUGCACAUCAUAUUAUAGAUUUUAGUUGGAAUAUUCUCCAUUGUACUUUGCCCAUUUGAAGCAAUUUAUGCUUCACAGCUUUAUAACAGGGCCCCAUAUUUUUAGGCAACAUAUAUAAUUUGGCUAUUAAUAGCACUGUUUUUUUACAAGCUGCUCUUGAUGUACAACUAACAAAAAUUUCCAAUAUAUAGCUUAAUAUAAGUAGUGCAGAGUUAAUAGUAUAUUGGGGAACCAUCUUUGCCAGAGCCAUAGACCUUGUGGAUUCCUGUUCCCUUUGUUGUUUGUUAUACGGACUGCACUUCCCUACCCAAACAAUCUGGUUUUGGCAAAUCCCUUGUAUGUGUGAAUGGUAUGUGUGUAUUAGUAAUGGAUCCAUGCUGAAGUUGGAAUGGUAGGUAUUCCAAGUUCAGGCUUCAGAGACAGGGGUGCCACGGCUACAGGGGCAGAAACCAGUGUACUAUGCUAUGUCUGAAGUUUAUAAAUAGUCUUAUCAUUUGACAAGGAAUGGAAGAAGUAAGGUGGUGUAUAUAUUAAAAAAAGAACCUUGUGAUGUCUUGUUCUUGUGUUGACCAGUGGAAAUACACUUUUACAGUGAUAACUGUCAAAACUAAGCCAUAAAAGAAAGUGUGGGUGUGAAGUAUAAAACACAAACAUCCGUGUGUUCAGUGCUAAAGUGUGUACAUGCAUUCAGCAACAUCAGUUUAUUAUGUGCAAAACACUGGAACCACCAAACAAUACAGAUGAAAUAAUAUUUUUUGCUUUCAAGGGACUAAGCGACAUAAUACAAGGGCAUAUACUAUAUACGUUGGACUUCUGCAUAUUUGCCUCGGCCAGGAGCCAGGCUUGGCUGACAAUGUGUUAGAAAUCUCUCUUUGUACAGUAAGGUGCCACGGUAAUGCUAUUGUAUAUUAUUUAUCUCAUGGUUCCAUUUCUUGCCGAUAUCAUAGUCUAAAAGCUAAAUGCUUUGGCUUUUUGUACAGCUGCUUUGGUUACAGUAGCAAUUUGUAAUGUGGAAAAUGUUGGCUCUUUAUAAAUAAAUCGUUAGAACAAGA